GUUUAUAAUCAUAUUAUGUCAGUUGAUAUUUGGUAAUAUUACACAUUUCUUAAGUAAUCGAUCGCGAAAGUAAAAAUUAUUCGUUUAUGUUAUAAGGAAUCUCAACAACUUAUAUAGAAAUGGAUAAUGUUAUUAAUCUCGUCGAAACCCAAGAGGAAAAUCAAAACUUGGAAACUGUAACCUUGUCGGAAGUUGCUGAAACGCAACAAAGUUUAUUUGCUGAUGCAUGCGCUGUACUCGGUGCUUCUGAUGAUAAAAAUUGCACAUACACCGAGGGUUAUUUAAAACGUCAAGCUCUUUAUGCAUGUUUAACAUGUACUCAAGAAGCAAAAACCGAUCCAACAAAACGUGCGGGAAUCUGUUUAGCCUGUACUUAUCAUUGUCAUGAAGGUCAUGAACUUGUUGAGUUGUAUACGAAACGGAAUUUCCGCUGCGAUUGUGGCAAUUCGAAAUUCCCCAAUUUCACUUGCAAUCUUUGCAAAGAAAAGGAUGAUUAUAACACCUUGAAUACAUACAAUCAAAACUUCUCUGGGGUUUAUUGUAUCUGCUCCAAACCUUACCCAGAUCUUGAAGAUUCAUAUCCAGAUGAAAUGAUUCAAUGCGUCGUCUGCGAAGAUUGGUUACACACAAGACACAUUGGUGUGGAAGUGCCCGAUAAUCAUUUUGCUGAAAUGAUUUGUGAAGAAUGUGUUAAAAAUCAUCAGUUCUUAUUACAUUACGAUGGUUUAACAAUUACAAAAAUUACUAAAGAAAAAAGUAAUGAGAAUAACAUGGAUGUAAUUAUUGUCAGUGAUGAUAAAGAAAAAGAUGAUAAAGAUGUUGUUAUUAUAGAUGAUCUUGUUGAAGAAAUAAAUAAAGACAUUAUUAAUAAUGAACUUGAUGACAAAGAAGGUUGCAAAAAACCAAAAUCAAAGUCUGAAAAGGUAACAGCAAAGUUUUUGAAAGAUAUUAAUUGGCGAACACAAUUAUGUAAUUGUGAAGAUUGCAUGAAAAUUUAUUUGGAUGAAAACGUUACGUUUUUAACAAGUCUGCAAGACACAGUUCAAUUUUAUGAAGAUAAAGGGAAAGAAACGGUGUUAAAAAAGGAAGAAGAUGCUUUAAAUUCUAUUGAUAGGGUACCUCUUAUGGAAGCAAUAGCUGGGUAUAACGAUAUGAAAGGCCAUCUUGUUGAAUAUUUAAAGAAAUUCGCUGAAAAUAAAAAGGUGGUACGGGAAGAAGAUAUCAGAGAAUUUUUUACAGAGCUUGAUGCUAAGAAAAAAAGAAAAACCGCAAUUCCACAUUUUUGUCGUUAAUUUUUAUCGCAUUUUUUGUACUGCAUUUUGGUGAAGAGUAAUAAUACUUAUUUAAGAAUA